AUGAAGUUCGCACUCCUUUUCGCUUUGACCGUGGCCGUCGCUGCCUUGGCUCAAGACCAAAUUGUUCCAGCCAAAGUCGCAUGGGGCGAUGAGGUCCUAGACGACGGUUUCGAAAUCGUCGGGGGCCAGGAAGCCCAAUUCGGCAAGCACCUUUAUGUGACUGGGGUCAAGGCGGCGUCCGUUAAUGAGACCGUGUGCGGCGGCAGUCUGAUCGCCCCCAAUAUCGUUUUGACAGCGGCGCAUUGUUUGAGCUAUCCUCUAGUUUCUGUGGUGGUGGGUACGCACUAUUUAACCGGUUUUGCCGACGGGGAACAGGCCACUAUCAUCCAGAAAUUCAAGCACCCCAAGAGUAGCGUCGACUUGGGCAUCCUAAUCUUGGACCACGACAUCUCCAUCACCCAACCUGUGGCAGUGUCGUUCGACUUCGUUGAGGCGGACGUGCUCACCUGGGUACGCGGCUGGGGAUACGUCAAAGGAGUUGGCCCCCAAUCGCAAGUGCUCAAGGAGGUCAGCCUCAAGACCUGGAACAACACAAGGACCUCAGCUGCGUUGUUACCCGUCCCAGUGACCGAUACGAUGUUGGGUGCUGGAGGGGUGGAAGGAGAAGACACGUGUACCGGCGACUCGGGGGGACCGUUGACCACCGAAGAAAACGGUGACGUGCGCUUGGUGGGGGUGGCCAGCUGGGGCAUUAAAUGUGGUGAGCUCGACAUACCAGCUGGUCUACCACUACACCUGUUGAAGACGUCAAAGCGGGUCUCCAUCUUGUCGGGGGCUUUGUGGGUUGCCGAAAUGCUACAAGAAAACGAGGAUGCCUUCGAGGAGACUUUUCGAAUGUCCCGUGAUGCGUAUGGUGGACUGUUGCAACGUGGUGGACUCAAAAGGACUCGGCGUACCUCAUCACAAGAGCAACUCUACCUCUUCCUCUACUUUUGUGGGCACAUGGCAUCGUCGACCAACAUGCAGCAGAGAUUUCAACACUCCAGAGAAACAAUCUCGAGACAUUUGCUGUCGGCGUUGGCUGCUCUCCGUCGAUUGUUACCGUUUUACAUCCAACUGUCUCGCGACGACGCCCCAUUGCACGACUUCAUUGCUUCAAAUCCCAAGCUUUUUCCAUUCUUCAAUAACUGCAGGAUGGCUUUGGAUGGAACUCGCGUUCCUGUCUGUGUGAGUGCAGCCGUUUCUGCUCCGUUCCAUGGUCGCAAGAGUCUUACGACAAAUGCUCUCGCGGCAUGCGACCUCGAUCUGGUGUUUACCUAUGUGCUUGCGGACGACUUGGGCGAUACCGGUUAUGCCCUCACGAACAAGUGCUUGACACCAUACAGAGGCACGCGCUACCACCUUAAGGAAUGGGGCAUUGGCCGCUCGAAGCCACGGAAAAAGGAAGAGCUGUUCAAUCUGCGUCAUGCGCAGUUGCGGAACUGCAUCGACAGAGAUUCGGCAUCCUGA